UUGUCCAUAUAAGGAAUGGGGCCGGACCUACGGGGAGCAGCGGCUCGCGCGCUCCUGCUGUUGCACAUUUGAGUGAGAGGAAAAAAGAAACGGCCGAGUGUGGUGUCAAUAGUGUGUGUGGCAGCCGGCAACACUGCCUGCCUCCCUCCCUACAGCCGGGGAGAGAUGUUAUUCACCACGCCGAGCUGAGCUGAGGUGUAAUCCGCUUUACCGGCGGUGGUGAGGAGAGGAGGCGGAGCGGGGCCGGGCCGAGCCGAGGAGGAUGUGAGUGCGGACCCGGGGCGGCUGCUGACUGACUGACUCUCCGUGUGUGUGUGUGAGAUCGGUGUGGAGGGAGCUUGAGCUCCGCCCGGCUGUGACUCCUGGAGGGAGGGAGAAAGGAGGCCGCCGAUUAUCUCUCUUCCUCACCCCCCAUUCCCCCCCCCCCGGGGGCAGAGAGGGAAGGACAGGGACGGGAGGCCCAUGAACUGAGGCAGGACAAAAUGGCGGCGGCGGGCACCGGGAGCCGGGCGGUGUUCACCGGGGACACCGGGACCGGGGGCCGCAGCAACAGCAGCAAGAGCUCGGAGCCGAGUGAAGAGCCCGCCUCGGCCCAGAAGCAGCUCGCCUUGUACAGGAAGCACCUCCGUAAAGUCAAGAGUGUCGACUUUGACGCCUCGGUGGAGAAGGAGCCGAGUCCGGAGCCGUGUGUGCCCCAGGCCGGAGCGGAGCAGCCCGCGCAAUCCAGCGGAACUGCCGGGGCAGGAGGAUAUGCUUAUGGGGGCUCGGCCGGGGCCAUUCUUGUGGAUAUAGGCCCUCCGCUCAGUCGUGACCUUGAAAAUAAGGAGACACUCAGGGGCUUACCAAAAAUGGAUGACCGUCCAGAGGAGCGUAUGAUCAGGGAAAAGCUGAAGGUGACGUGCAUGCCAGCUUGGAAACAUGAAUGGCUAGAAAGAAGGAACAGGCGAGGACCUGUCGUUGUGAAACCAAUUCCAGUGAAAGCGGAUGGACCUGAGUUAGGCACUCAAGCAUCUGAUUGUCAGGCAGAUGUGAUUGUCUCAUCACAAAUACAGCGAGGAAGGCGCAGUCCUUCUCCUGGUAGUUCUUCUUCUGCCACGUCAUCGUCCUCUUCCUCAAAAACAACUGCAAAGUCUGAAUCACCUGGUGUAAGAAGGAAAAGGGCAUCACCAGUACCUUUUCAGAGUGGACGUGUGACUCCUCCAAGAAGAGCUCCCUCACCAGAUGGGUUCUCACCUUACAGCCCUGAGGAAACUAACCGAAGAGUCAACAAAGUAAUGCGAGCACGACUGUACUUGCUGCAGCAAAUAGGUCCAAACUCCUUCCUCAUUGGGGGAGAUGUUCCUGAUAACAAGUACAGAGUGUUCAUUGGCCCUCAGACCUGCAGUUGUGGGCGCGGAACAUUCUGCAUUCAUGUUCUGUUUGUUAUGCUGCGAGUCUUCCAAUUAGAGCCUUCUGAUUCAUUGCUGUGGCGAAAGACAUUAAAAAACUUUGAGGUGGAGAGCCUUUUUCAGAAAUACCACAGCAGACGCAGUUCACGUAUCAAAGCUCCUUCACGCAACACCAUCCAAAAAUUUGUUUCUCGUAUGUCUAACUCUCACACUUCUGCUUCAUCCAGUACUUCUACAUCCAGUGCAGAACAUAGCUUAAAGGAUGAAGAAGAACAAAUGUGUCCUAUUUGUCUCCUGGAUAUGCUUGAUGAGGAAAGCUUGACUGUGUGUGAAGAAGGCUGUAGGAAUAAACUUCACCAUCACUGCAUGUCAAUCUGGGCUGAAGAAUGUAGAAGGAACCGUGAGACCCUGAUCUGUCCUCUUUGUAGAGCCAAAUGGAAGUCCCGAGAACUGCACAGCCAUGAAUCUCAAAGUUCAGUGCAUAAUCAGACUCAGUCACUGGAAAUAGAUCCACAAAGACGGCAGCAGGACAGCAACUUCAAUCUGCGUCAUUAUGGAGUUCAACAAAUUCCACAAGGUUAUAAAGAGUUGGCAGAACCCUGGAUUCAGGUAUUUGGAAUGGAACUGGUCAGUUGUCUCUUUUCUCGGAACUGGAAUGUACGAGAGAUGGCAUUAAGGCGACUUUCACAUGAUGUUAGUGGAGCCCUGUUGUUGGCAAAUGGUGAGAUUCGUACUGGAAGUUCCUCCAGUAAUGGAAGUGACACUGGAUCUAGUAGUCUUCCAGGAGCCAAUGGAUCAUCUCCAACUGAUCUCUCAGGAGAUGUGGUGGUGGAGUCAUGUUGCAGUGUACUCUCUAUGGUCUGUGCUGAUCCAGUCUACAAAGUAUAUGUUGCUGCUUUGAAAACCUUACGAGCCAUGUUGGUGUACACACCUUGUCAUGCAGUAGCAGAGAGGUCACGACUUCAACGACUUCUCAGGCCAGUAGUUGAAACUAUAUUGGUCAAAUGUGCAGAUGCUAACAGUCGUACAAGCCAACUUUCUGUUUCGACACUGUUGGAAUUGUGCAAAGGCCAGUCAGGAGAGCUUGCUGUGAGCAGAGAAAUUCUUAAAUCAGCAUCCAUUGGAGUUGGAGGUGUUGACUAUGUCUUAAGCUGUAUACUAGGCACCUCAACAGAAUCUACUAAUUGGCAGGCUUUGCUUGGUCGUCUGUGUCUCAUCGAUAGACUUUUACUGGAAUUUCCAGCCGAAUUCUACCCUCACAUUGUUUCCAAUAGUGAGGAUCCAGUUGUUCAAACAGAACUUGUGCUAGAAAGAUACAAGAAGCUACUGUCACUUUUGAAUUUUGCACUGCAGUCUAUUGACAACUCCCAUUCAAUGGUUGGGAAAAUGUCCCGGAGAGUCUUCCUCAGUGCUGCCCGCAUGGUUGCAAGAGUUCCUCAUGUUUUUGUGAAACUUAUACACAUGCUGAGUGUAACCAGCUCAACCCAUUACAUGCGUAUGCGUCGGCGUUUGAUUGCUAUAGCAGAGGAAAUGGACAUUCUUGAUGCCAUUCAGUCAGCGAUAGAGGAUGAACAAACUGUGGAUGAAAGACCUGAUAAUUUCAUAGAGCUUUCAGUUCCGCAGAAUUCACCAUCUACUACAGAAAACAAUUCCCCAGUGAACACUGUGAAGUUAUCUGGAAGAUCACAAAAAAGUACGUUAAGUCCUGAUCAUGAUACUAAAUCUUGUGUUGGAGCAGAUGAGAAGGGAGAGACAGUGCAAGAUAUUUCCUCCACAAGACUUGCGACCACAGUACCCUGUGAACAACCAAAGACAGCCAUUCAAGCACGUCCCAGGCCACUGAGUCAGUGUGUCAGUUCAUGUUCAUCAAUGACAUCAUUAAAUCAUUCCCAGCUUUCCUUCCCAUUUUUGCCUUCCCUGUCAUCACCUUCAUCCUCGCCCUCCUCCUCAUCAUCAAAUCCUUUAGCUGGACAAACGGCUAAUGAUGGUUCCAAACUACGACCUCAGGGUUUUGUUCCUAGCAAAUUUGCAAUGGCUUCCCCAAAAGCACAACGAAAGUUUUCUCUUCAGAUUCAAAACAACUGUUCUAAAGAUGUCACUGGAGGUAAAGAGACUGAAAAGCUGUCUCCAGUUUUCACUCAGGCACGGCCUCCUGCAUCCAGUCAGAUCCACAGACCAAAACCAUCGCGGCCAUGCCUGAAUGAAAUUGGGAAGUUUACAGGUGACUUGAGCAGAAGCUGUAUGAUGCUUGAACUAAAAGAUCUUGAGCUCAGUGACCAUUGUGGUAGCAAUCCAGUUAUUCCAAGUGAUGAAACUGUAUUCACUCCUGUGGAGGAUACUUGUCGCCUCGAUACUUCAGCAGAACUGAAUUCUAGUAUGGAAGAUCUGCUUGAAGCAUCAAUGCCUACAUGUGAUAGUACUGUUACAUUUAAAUCUGAAGUUGCUGUGCUCUCUCCGGAGAGGACAGAGACUGACUGUACCUACAAUGAUGAUGUUAAUCAGAAUCAGAAGUGCAAAGAGAAAAUGGAAGCAGAGGAGGAGGAAGCAUUAGCUGUUGUCUUAGCUAUGUCAGCAUCCCAGGAUGCACUACCUGCUAUUCCUCAGCUGCAGGUUCAGAAUGGAGAGGAUGUCAUUCUCAUUCAGUUGGAUACACCGGAAACUCUACCUGGACAUACCAAAGCAAAGCUUGCUUACAGAGAGAGUGGAGAAUGGUUCAAAGGUCAACAAAUAGGCCUUGGGGCGUUUUCUUCAUGUUAUCAGGCACAAGAUGUGGGAACAGGAACAUUAAUGGCCGUGAAACAGGUGACCUACGUCAGGAACACAUCUACUGAGCAAGAAGAAGUGGUACAAACCUUACGCGAGGAAAUCCGGAUGAUGAGCCGCCUUAACCAUCCAAAUAUAAUUCGGAUGUUAGGUGCCACCUGUGAGAAGAGUAACUACAAUCUAUUUGUUGAGUGGAUGGCGGGUGGAUCUGUUUCCCAUUUGUUGAACAAGUAUGGCGCUUUCAAAGAACAAGUUAUUAUUAAUUACAAUGAGCAGCUGCUGCGUGGCCUAGCUUAUCUCCAUGAGAACCAAAUUAUCCACCGGGAUAUCAAAGGUGCCAAUUUGCUAAUAGACAGUACAGGACAACGACUGAGAAUAGCAGAUUUUGGAGCUGCAGCCAGGUUGGCAUCUAAAGGGACGGGGGCAGGUGAAUUUCAAGGGCAGCUGUUGGGCACUAUUGCAUUCAUGGCACCUGAAGUGCUACGAGGCCAACAAUAUGGCAGAAGCUGUGAUGUGUGGAGUGUUGGUUGCGUUAUUAUAGAGAUGGCCUGUGCCAAACCUCCUUGGAAUGCAGAGAAGCAUUCUAAUCAUCUUGCCCUAAUAUUUAAGAUUGCCAGUGCAACAAGUGCCCCGACAAUUCCAAACCAUUUAACCCCUGCAUUGCGUGACGUGGCUCUCCGCUGCCUGGAACUUCAGCCCCAAGAUAGACCCCCAUCAAGAGAGCUUCUGAAACAUCCAGUCUUCCGAACGUGGUAAUGGAUACUAUUACAAUAAAAGCUGUGCAAGACAAAACUACUGAAACAAAGAAAAUGCCCAGGUGUUGUCCUGCAGUGCACUGUAGAGCUGUAUAAAUGGGAGAACUGGCCUAGGGUUUGAAAUAAAAACAGCAAAGGCCAAAAGGAGCCUGUGUCUCAGUAAACGAUCAUCAACAUGUAGGCAAAAUAGUACGAAAAUGUCUUGUUCUUGCAUGUAAAGGUUGUGCCUUCUUGAUUUGUCACUAGUGCCCUGAAAUACACUUGGAUCUUCCAGUUACAAGGUGUGGGGCAGUUUGAAAAGACGUUCUUCUGUCAGCACACUUUUUCAGCAAAUACUAGUGGCAGAGGGGCUCCUUUUGAGUUUUUGCAGUUUUUAAACUGCCACUGGUCCCAGUCUAACGUAAAGUGUAAGAAUAUAUUGAACACACCAGAUUCUUCCCUCUCCUCUUCGCCCCCCGCCUUCUCAUAUUUCAUAUUUAAGAAAUGAUUCUGAAAAAGUGUUCUCUGGAUUUAAUACUGAGAUGUUUUGGGGGUUCAUAUUCCACUUUGAACACAGUUGGAAAAAUGUGUGAAAAUUGCGCUAGUUUUCCAAAGUUUCCACUCGGUUUAUUUGCAUAACCAGCACAAUUGGGCCAAGUUCUUCAGAAAAAAUGCAUUUUAAAAAAAAUACUUGUGAUAUUCUGAUGGAGUUUUAUUAAUACAGCUGAAAAUGGGUUUAUCAAAAAAAUUCACAAUCUUUUGAGUAAAUUGAUUUUCAAUCACUGAAAAUGACUUUUAACAACUAUACAAAACCAGUUUACAUUUGGUGUACUUAGGUGAGCUUUUUAGUAAAUUAAAUAUUUCUAAGGUUUAAAACUUUAUGAAGAUACCCAUUAGUGCCCUUGCACCAAAAGAGAGCUUCAUUUUAAGGGCAAAAGUGAGCAUAAAAUGCAGAAACUUGCUGCAGUAAUUAAUUGAGCCAACAUGGAUGGUUAAUUUUGCAGACUAGGCUGACUUCCAGCAUUGUUUUAUAAAUUACCUCAAAAGGUUACGGAAACUCUAUUUUCAUUUAAGAUUCCUUGAUCUUUUGUGCUGGUUUAGUUGACUUUUUUUUUCUUGACUAAUUGCACUGGGAAAACCAAUGACGCGGAAGCUGUACUCUUUAACAUGUUCAAUGGUCCACUUAAGUACUUGAUUAUAAGGUUUUUACUGUGGAAAACAGUGAAGUUAGAACAUCAUCCAAGUUGAUUGGACAACUUACUACAAAGAUGCCUGCUGUAUUUUUGUCCACUUUCAAUGAACGGGUCAUUUUACUAGCUAUUGUAAUUGAAAGGAAUUUUGUGUAUCCAUUUAAUGGCUUAAAUUGUUUUAAUAUUCAGGGAAGGGUAAAUUGCGAAACCUAUUUUCAAAAUGUAUUUGUAAAACUUUUGCUGUAAUUCAGUUGUUCUGAGUUACAAAGUUAAUGAAUACUUUUUUACAGUUUGAAGAUAUGUACUAUUUCUUAUAAAAUGCUGAACAGAUUACCUUUACAUUUCCAGUAUGACACCAUUACUGUGCCUGUUACAAGACUUGUAGGGUAGUGCCUGCUGUUUAAAUCUGUCCCUCAGUUCUGGUUUACUAAUGUUGAGCAGAAAGCACCUGCUGUGGUUUCAUUUGUGCUACUGUCUUUUGAAGCCUUCUAUUCGAUUUUAAAACAAACAUUUUUAUUCAGUUGAAUUUUACUUUUGUUUGCUGCUGUAAAAUUCUGGAAUCUUUGUGAGAAAGUCUUAUUGUCUUUACCUUUUAACAAAACAAAUAGAACAGCAAAAAUGUUAUAUUCAAAGCUUCGUUUGCAGUUUUCCUUCAGCAAAAGGUUUAACUCACUUACCAUAUUUCUUAGAACACAUUAUUUCAUUUAUUGAAUAGUAACCUACAGUCACCAAUUUGGAUAGAUGUGACUUAAUAAAUAUUCUGAGAAACAUUUACUUGAAAUACAAGCAUGUUUCAAAAUUACAUGCAAGACUGAUCGAUUUAUUAGUGUUCACAUCACCUCUGCCUCUUUAAAUUGAGAGGGGAAUUUAAGUUUAAAUUAGACAUUACUUUUCCUGAAAUGUGAACUUUAGAUUAAACUCUCUUCCUGAUUUAUGGUAUUAGAAUGUAAUAUUUUCAUGUUGAAAAGUUUUUGUUUUUGAAAGGACAUGCAUGUUGCUAUAUGUGAUAUACGACAUUGGAUUGAAGCAAAUGAGCAAAAAAAAUUUGCACCAACUGAUAUAUAUUUUUUAAGUGACCAGACAAAUUGACUGACCUAUUCAUAUGCCAAGUCUAGAUUUCAGAUUCAUACUUAUUAAUACUGAAGGAAAACAAUAUUUGCUUUGACUUUAUUUGGUUAAAUCUUAGUACUUUGUGUUUUGUGAAUUGGUUAACUGUAAAAGCUUACAUCCUUUUAGACAUUUUAGUUUGGGAAUUUUAACUCUUCCAGCAAUAAAUCUGCUUGUCUUUACAGGUUUUUAAUAUUUGUUAUUUCCACUCUUAACUGUGGCAAGUCUAGUAAAUUAAAAUGUCAAAUUAAUAUACAUGAAAAUGGGGUAUCUGUCCCCAUGUUCAGAUUUUGAAAAACUGUUAUAAUGUGAACCCUCAAAUUAGGUGUUAAUUUUUUUAAAGAAUGUUUUAAUAUUGUAUCACAUUCCUCUUUGGUUAAAAGGUGCUGUUAUUGCUUGAAGAGUUAAAGAUGUACAGAAUUGUUUGUAGCGUACUUCAUAGCAGUGACUCCUUAAUUUAUUGACAACCUGGAAUCAUAUUUUGUGGUCCUUUUCAUGUCAAUAAGUUUUUUUUUGAACAAGUGUUUUUCCUUGAGCUUUAAAUGAUGCACUCUUGCCAUUUAUACUGGAAAUGUUUUUGUCAAAUUUUCACUUUCUGACAAAAGCAUUAAACUGAUGAACCUUGGCUAAUCAGUAUUACUUUGUAGAUCUCAGCAUCUGCUUGUUUAAUAAGCUGAUGCUUUUUAUUAUCAAGUUGCAUUUUAAUUGGGAUUGUUUGCAUUGCCCUCAGCUUGCUGAUAAUUGUGAUGUAUUUUGUGUAAUUUUUUAUUUUAUGCAUAUGUGAUGUAAUAUUCUUUUGGAUCAGAGCUGGACUGAAAAUGUAAUGUAAUUAUUUGUGCUGUUCUUAUUAUGUUAUUUGGUACUUCUUAAAGUGUAAAUAACGUCUACUGCUGUUUUAUUCCAGUUUCUACUACCUCAGGUGUCCUAUAGUUUUCUUCUACCAAAGUACACUUUCACAAUGAAACUAUAUUUGCUAUGUGACUGUAAUUUCUAAAACUUCCAGGGCUUAAGGGCUAACUUCUAUUAGCACCUUACUGUGCAAGCAAUUUUUUUUUUUAAGAAAAAGAAAAUCUCUGGGGUUAAAAGAUUGGUUAAUUGUAUCCUUUGUAAUUUUAAAUAUAUCAAAUAUUUUAAUUAUUGAAAUUUUUACCCCAUUUUGAAACAUUUUAUAGG